AUGACAAGCCAUUUGAUGAAAGAAAUUAAUCACCUUGAUGGGGAGAUAAUUGAAAUAGAAGAUCCCUCUACAGGUGAGUCUAGAAAAUUUCAGAUUGUUGUUGCAGGGUUUUUAUGGGACACAGUCGAGAAGAUGUAUUCCUUGCAACUCAUGAAAGAAGAAUGUAGUCGUUGUGAAGGAAUUUAUGAUAAUCAACAUAAAACACCAGAUUGUUUAUUUGGAGCGUCUACGAUAGAAGAUCCAAAGUAUGUCACGCAUUUCGAGAAAAGAAAUAUAUUUGAAGCAAACACUGUUAUUAAUAGCAUCGAUUUAAGAUCAAAUGACAGAACAAAGGACAAGGGUUUUAAACCCUUAAUAUGGGAAGAAAUGCAAUUCAAAGAUUUGAAAUUAUCUAAAGCGAAAAUAACGCAAAAAUUACGAGAAUUACCUGUUCUGCAUAUCAUAGAUAAUCCUUUUUUAAAAUAUCCUAAUACUGUGGAUGCAUUUCACAAAGCGUUAAUUGAUUUUUUCCAUUUAGAGAUCCAAGGAACUUUUCGAACCCAAUUUAAAAGAACAAUGAAAGCAAUUCAUUACUCAACAAUCAUGGACGAUUUUUUGGAUGUUUGUGAGAGAGAAAGGUUGCCGAAUGGCAAAAGGAUUACAAUGUACAGUGAUAUUGACAAACUAUCCGGAACAGAGAUGCUUGAAUUUAUAGCAAUAAGCGCUCCAAUUUGGUACAAAUUUCUAUUCCUAAAUACCAAAUAUUCAGAUAAUACUUUGGAGAAGAGACAAAAACUAUAUGAGUGUUGGAUUUUACAUUUGCAGUAUUUUGUUCGAUUGUUGCGGUUUGACCAUACAGACCACGACUUAAAAGAAGCCGAGAAACUCUAUGUAGCGUGGCGAGUUGCAUAUAGAAACUGUUUUGGAUCCGAAAAGUGUAAAUUUCCAAACUUUCAUGCAGGCUGUCAUAUAUUUGAGGAUGUCGAUGAUAUUGGUCAUGUUACUUGGUUUUGGACUCUCCUCUAUGAGUUAAAACAUUCCACGUACAAGCAAUUCAAUGACAAAAGUAACAAAAAACAGCUUGAAAAAAGGGCUUCUGAACGAGAAAUGGUCAUGAAAGCUCUUUUUACAAAAUAUCCUCAAUGCAGAAAAUUGAUACCAAGAGCAAAAGAACCAGAAUUCAAGCUUGAAAAAGACAUUUUUGUCCUAUUUGAAACGGAUCAAGGAGAAAUGAACAUUGCGUUCGUUAAACAAGUAACUGAUAAGGUAGUUCUUAGUUCCUUGAUCUUUGAAGUGAAACACAUGGAUAACGUUUCCUAUAUGUAUCACCUCAAAUGCAUUCCACAACUAAUGCUAUCAGCAAUAGAUAUCAGCAAAGUCAAGUCUAAAUGUAGCUGUAUUUGCUAUUCAUUGCCAUCUGGGUUAAAGUGGCAAUUGAAUCAAUUUGCAUUUUGUUAUAAUUUUUGUAAAUAA